AUGCUACCUCCUGCCACCCAGGAGUCCUCUCAACCCCAGGCCCAUCCGCAUAAACCGUCUCGACAUCACGCCGCGGCAACAACGUCGUCGGCUCCAGCCCUCAGCAAACCUCACCGGCACUCUCUCCAAUUCUCCUUCCCGCCUCUGUUCCAAUCCAAUACCUCGUCGACGAGCCUUGUGCCAUCAACCGCCGAGGGCAGACCUAUCCCUGUGGACAAUUCCACCGCGGAGCAUCGAACUUCGGCGCUUCGUGAGCUUAGCUCCAACUUUCCUACUCGUCACCGAUACGCCCAAUCUACCGGCGCCCAGAGCAGUACAUACUCACAGCCCGUGAUUGUUCGAAGCUACUACGCCCCCGUCCCGGCUCAACCAGCUGCUGACAGAGGCGUCAUCGUCGUCAACGGCCGAGGUCAUCGCCCAGCGCUCUCCGAGAAUAGUGGCCCUUCCGCUCUUGUACGGCGUGUUCUUCCUUUUGGCUCUGGUGUAGCCCAAUCCAGGAAUGGAAUGCUAGGUACCAUGGCGAGAAACCGAACGAAGAAACGAUUGGAAAACGAACCGGAGGAGCCUAAGCUUCCGUCAGUCGAUGCAUUCCGGUUUAAGAGCUUCAUGGCCAACUUGGAAGACCAAAAUGGUGUCACAGAUAUCAAUGCUGAUCUGGAUCGGAUUGCCGAGAUUUGUGCUAAAUCGCGGUAUUCUCUAAGCAAUCAGUAUGAGGUUCACUAUGCUCCUCAUGGCUCAGGCUCAGCAUUCGUGGCUGGGGGUGUCGAGAGCCAAGAGGCACAAGGUCCUACACUUCAGGUCGUGUCAUCAGACGAUGAGACGAACAUCAAACAAUCCAGAAAGCGACCAAUGGGUGUUAGAAGGAACAGCAGGGCCAUGGGGACGCUAGAGACCAUCAUGUCAUCCAGCAGAUCUUCCGAUGAGGAUAAAUCUAAAAAGAAGUCUGCUGCCGAGAUUGCUGAUGAGGUUCGUGGCAGAACUGCCCAGAAAGGGUCCAGCAGACAUGGAUCACUGUCUCCCUCUGAAGACGGAGCCAUUGAGAGUGUGGUCCCGGAUGUGGAAAUUACCCAAAGGACCCCCCGGCCAAAAAGGUCAGGCUCACUUGCCCUUAUUGAUGGUACUCGGUUGAGCAUGAACCUGAACGACCUGGACACAAACCGAGGUUCGGCUGUUGGUCUUGUGAGCGAGCCCGCUCUGCCUCAGACGUCAAGCAGUCAGCUGGAAAUCCGGACAGCCCCAGAGGCUAAAACUAAGGAACAGGUUCCCACAGUGCCAAAGAAGAGGCUUGCAGUUGCCCAAGGCAUCGACCGACCAGUUGCCCAAGGCGCCAUGUCUUCUAUCGAUGCUCCCAACACACAUAAUAACUUUAUAUCCACGCUCAGUGGAUGGAUGAGCUGGCGUACACCUCGUUCUUCGCCAAUGCCACAGGGUCGGGCAGAGGGCAGUCUCCGUGAACUCCUUAAGAGCAGAGAUAUCAAGGGGAAAGGUGUUGAAGCGUACCAGUGA